AUGAUUGAGCUUGCCGAAAUGGAGGAGGACGUUGUUGGCAACAACAAAUACAACAACCAUAACAAUAAUGAAAUGAUGACCGACGAAGAUCCAGUGGAAGCAGAAAUAGAGGAUUCAUUUGGAUCAUCACAGUGUGGAACUGGAUGUGGGCACAAUCAUUCACACGACCAUCGAGGAGAAAUGUCACAUAUAUGCCUCCUACUAAAUCGCUCACUGCCAUUCGAGAAACAACAACAAGUAUUAGAUGAGUUACUACAGCGAAAUAUUGGUGUUCGACUUUCUGGUCCUUCCAUUAAGAAGUUUGCAUCUGUUUUUUCAGCUCUAAUUGUUUCAUGCAAUCCGCAAGUGAACAUGACAAGUAUUGUAGAAAUGUCUGGAAAUUUAUUGAGUUUGUCCUUGCAAAAUUUACAUCCAAUUAGUGUCACCAGUUCCCUCUCCCAAGCUAUUGCCUCUCUUCUUAACAAAAUUCCUAUCGAAUCGGACGAGUUUAAAUAUCUGACUUCCCUUUGUAACACUCUCGUUUUGGAACCUCUUUCUCAAGUGUUGAAUGGAGUUGCUACUGACACAGAUCAUAUUUUAUCAUUGGACCGAUAUUUAGAAGUCUUGUCUUGGAUUUUGAAAGGACUUGUCAUGAGAGGCGCCUACUUGUAUGCAGAUGCAUAUUCCAAUAUUUUGUGUUCGUGCCUCGUCUUUGACUUUCCUCAACAACAUCAUUCAUCAAAACUCAACAAGAAAGCUGCUGAUUGUUUUUGA